GUACAUUAUUUCAUUUAUACACUCUUUCAAUUAUAGCUUCUAAAACUUUAAAAUUUUCUUACAUAUUAUAACUAAUUCUUGAAAGAAAAUUUAAUUACUCACACAAACAUUUUCAAACUAUUACUAAAAUGAAAAAAAUGAAAUUAUUCUUCUUGAUGGUUUUAAAUUUUUCAUGGUGUAAAGCAGCAAGUGAUUAUCCUGUCAAAGAUGUAUUGUGUAUGUAUUGCCAUAAAUCGCCACCCGAUCGUCAAGUUAAAGCGCCGUGCUGUCAACAAGUAUACUGCAGGGACUGUCUGGAUGACUUAUCAGACUAUUUACCAUGUAAAACUUGUGGGGCUCAUUUUGAUAAAAAAAAUAAAGUAUUAAGUGUCCGUGGUACUACUGGUAAAACACUUGAUUUAUCAUUAGAUUUAGACGAAAAUGAUUUAAGUUUCACAAACGAGGAAAUAUAUCAUGACGAAAAUGAUUUAAGUUUCAUAAACGAGGAAAUAGAUCAUGAUGAUAAGAACUUUAUGGACUUUGUAAACGAGUUAAAACAAAUCGAUGAAAUAAAAGGAAUUUCCAAGGAAGAACGAAAAUUCCUUAGAAAUGAAUCAUUUAAAAAACACAAUAUGGAUUUUAAAAAUCUGUAUUUUCUUAAAAUGUUAGAUUUUAUAAUUUACGAUGACGACGAAGACAAUAAUGACAAUAAAAUUGAUAAUGAAGUUAAUAAUGAAGACAGCAUUGAAACUCAAUUAUUAUUAAUCGAUCAAAUAGAUGGAAUAUCCAUGGCAGAACGAAGAUUCCUUAAAAAUGAAUCACUAAAAAAAUAUAAUAUUACAGAUCCUGAAGUUUACGAUGACAACGACGACGACGACAAUAACAACAAUAAUAUUAAUAAUGACGUUAAUAAUGAAGUCGACAUUGAAACUCAAUUAUUAUUAAUUGAUGAAAUACCUGAACUUACCGAAGAAGAAAGAGAACAACUUAAAAAUUCUGUAAUGGAAUCAAAUAUAGUUAAUGAAAAACAUGAACUUACCAAAGAAGAAAAACAACAACUAAAAAUAUCUAUAAUGGAAUCAAAAAGAGACUUAAACAGAUGCCCACAAUGUAAUAAUAUCAAACAUUUAAUGAAAAUUUCCAACAAAUGUAAUCAUCGAAUAUGUAAAGAAUGUUUUAAAAAUUUGAUAAAGAAUAUUCGUAAUUGCCCAACCUGCAAUGCACCAAUAUAUCAAAAUAAUAUAAUCAAAAAUUUUAAAAAGUUAUGGUUUUGAAAUGUAAUAUAAAUUAAAAAUAAAUAAAAUUAACCUAUGAUCACAAAAAGCACUUUAAAAAAAUUAACCGAUACUUAAAAAAUAUAACAUUGAUUAAAAAUAUAAAUAAUUUUUAAUAUAAACAAUAGAAACAUUUAAAUUAUU